AUGUCAGAUAUCCAGCAGUAUCUGUUGGACUAUGACAAGAACAAGACCGAGGCUACGGCGACAGCCCAGCAAAGCGCGACCCGACUCAAGAAUGGCGAGUUGAAACUCAUAAACCUGAUUACGGGCCUGGGCGAGUAUCUCAACAGUGAGGAUGGCGCCGUACGGUCAAAGACCAUGUCUUACCUCGCAGAGGUGCUCGCCUCGGUCCCUCCCAAAACUUUGUCUCUGCAACAGCGGAAUCUGCUUUGCGACUUCACCCUCUCGCGGACCGAGGACAAUGAGGGGUUAGGCUCGUGUGCGAAAGCGUUAUUGGCGCUAGAAGAGUUGGGCAAGUGGGACGACGAAAGAGUUGUCGCCAUCAUGGAGGCCUUGCUCACGAAUACACAUCCAUUGCGCCAGUUUAAACAACAAAGCGAGCGAUACCCAGUCCUGCGCCUUGUUGACACACUCAUGGCGAAGUACCGUGAGGCACUACGAGCCCAUCACGAUUCAACCACCGAUUUUAUGCCGCGGUUCAUAUCGUACUUUGAUGGUGAAAAGGAUCCACGCAAUCUGAUGGUGGUUUUUUCGAUCCUAAAAGUGCCAAUGACAGAGUGGCGUAUUGGUGCAGACGCUCAAGACCUCUUUGAUGCUGUCUUCAAUUAUUUCCCCAUCACUUUCCGGCCGCCGCCAGACGACCCAUAUGGCAUCACUGCACAAGAUCUCAAGGAUAGACUGAGGGACUGUAUAUCUUCUACGGCAGACUUUGCACCGUAUGCUUUCCCAGCACUUUUAGACAAACUAGACUCGACCUCCAUGAACACCAAGCGAGAUGUCCUCACCACCAUCACAGCCUCGGUCAACGCAUAUGGACCACGAACAGUAUCACUAUACUCUAUAACCCUAUGGGACGCAUUGAAAUUCGAAAUCCUUAAUGUUCAAGAGGAGGAUCUGGCCAAGGAAGCUUUGACAGGACUAGCGACAAUUGCGAGAACGUUGUCCGAAGGAACACCUGGGCCACUCAACGCCUAUCUCAGAUCAAUCAUCAAAGAAUGUAACGAGCAUCUUGAAGAUGCACCCACGAAGCAGUCGCAAGCUGCAGCAAGAAUACUGCACAGCAUUGCUGAUGUGUCGCCUGAAGUCACAAACCUGCUCUUAGCAGGCGUACUACCAACACUCUUUCUCCUAUUCCAGACGGCAGAGACUAUGGCUAAGCGGAGAGGCCUACUUGAGGUCCUUGUGCAGCUUGUCCGAGCAAAUAUCAAUGUCUACGGCGAUUGGAGAACGACAGGGCCUGGCGGAGAGAGAUCAGACAACAAUGCGUUGGCACAGUUCCGAGGCGAGGCAUUAGAGGUCAUGAUGAAUGGACUGGAGACCGCUCCGAGCAAAGAAGUGUCAUUCCGUCUGGUAUGCCUUGAUGGCUUGAUCCAGCUAUCAAAGUCACGGCAACUACUAAGCGAUGAAGAUGUGGGCAGAAUCAUCCAACUUUUGCACUCUAUAGUCAUACACGAGGAUUCUUACGGCAAAGACGAAGUCAAAGAAGCAGCCAUCAACGGGAUUGUGGAUAUUGCACAUCAAAAACCCCAGGUUGUAGUAGAAAAGGCUUUCCCUGCAUUCCUGGCUCAAUUGCCAGACUGCGAUGCAGAUGGCUCGCAAAGCUAUACAACCGUCUUGGAGGCCUUUGCAAAGCUGGCGAGCGAAGAGCAAGUCUUUGACACUGUCAUCUUGAGACUGAAGAAUAAGUUCAGCGCCGCUGUCUCCCAAGGUGCUUCCUCCACGUACAUUGUCGCGUUGCUAUCGGCUAUACUCUACGCUCUCAAGAAGGGUGAACAAAAACUAUCGCAGAACUCGGAGACGUCAUCAUAUUACCAAGAUAUUGCGCUCCCGUUGAUCCAGCGCGUGUCCAGCUCCGACGCAUCACGCCCAGCCGCUUUCAAUGACGAAAUCACACUCGAUCUCGUUGGUCGCAUUUGCAACCUCAUAAUCCGUUCGCAAUCAGCCGAGCAACAAAGCACAGUUGCCAGAGAGCUGUACACCCUCUUCCGCCAAACACCACAGUCUGAACUACCACCCUUCAACACAAACUCCGCGCUCGAAUCCCAAAGAACAAUGAGUCUAUCAACACACCUUCUCGCCUCGCUCCGUAAAGAAACUCCUCUCCCUUGUGAGACUCCAGACCUCGUCUCGACUCUCAUAAUAUACGCUCAACAGCCAGCCCUCACCACGCCCAUCCGCUCAGCCACCCUCCGCCAAAUCUCUCUCGUCAUCAACAAAUUUUACACCACCUCUGCACUAAAAACGUGCAUAGAUCCGCUGUUUACUACUUUCGAUCUCCUCAAUCCGGAGAAGCUGGACCCUUCAAGGAUACGCGUUAUCUUUGCCUGCUUGAAAGCCAUCGUCUUGCGCAGCAGUCCCGCUCUUAACACGCUCUACCCGCAGCUUCUCUCUCUCCUAUCGCAUCCCACAUAUGGUAGCACUGUUGCCCAGGGGUUCCAGACUCUUCUCCAACCAGAUGACUUACUAACCAAGCCAAACCACUGCCAGAUUCUGGGUUUACACAAGCACAAGACAUUUGCGUUAUUGGUGCCGAGCAUUGUAUCCGCAUUCAAGCAGGCGGACGCGGCGACAAAAGGCAACUACCUCAUCGCGUUGAGCGGUGCACUGAUGUGGAUGCCGUUUGAAAUCGUCGUCGAGGACGUGGGACAACUCGUCACUCUGCUCCUCCAAUCCCUCGAUCUCCAGGGUGCAGACACAGUGCACGUCAAGGAAGCUGCCAUUGGUACCCUCACCUCCACCCUCCAGGACAAGCCAUCCGUCCUCGAAGAACACGCAGGCAGCCUCAUCGCCCGCCUGUUGGCGAAUUGCACGCUCGUUGGCAAUUCGAAGAAGAAGGACGAGGUCAAGUUGCCGUCGGCUGCGGUGCGCACGGCGGCGCUGAAGUGUCUGAGGCUGGUGGCGGAGAAGUUUGGGGAGCAGGUUGUGGGGCGGUAUAGGAGGGAGGUUGUUAGGCGCUUGGUUGGCGCGCUGGAUGAUGGGAAGAGGCGGGUUCGAGGGGAGGCGGUGAGGUGUAGGAUGAAGUGGUUGGAGGGUGGGGAGGACGAGGAUGAUGACUGA